AUGGUAGAUGAAUUGAUGAAUUUUCAUACAAAACAUGGAUUAGUUGAUUGUGUCCACAAGAUGUUUGUGAAAAUGCCAAAACAAGUAUUGCCUUCUUGGAUUUCUAUUAAGUUUCCUCUUGAUAUGACUUCCAUAAGAAGAACAUUUUAUGGGACCAAUAUAUUUCCCUUUGAUCCUGGGAUUGCAGCUGGUUGUGAUAAAAUGUAUGUUAGGAAUGUAUAUUCAAGGUGUAUUAUUAGUGAGGCCUUGAGAAUUUUUAGUCAAAUAAGGAAAACAAAUGUUAGACCCGACUUAGUUGAGUGGACUGCUAGGAUAAAAGCUUGUGACAUGUUGCUUGAACUUGUGAAGAUUGCCAUGGUUGAUAUAGUUAGUGGUUUUGGCCAGUUAUUGGUUAUGGCCUAUGAUUCGGAUUUGUUGUUUGAAAAUGGAAAGGUAGAUGAAGCAAUUUCUAUAUGGGAACAGUUGCCUACAAAAGAUUGUGUGGUCGAUUCCACAACUUAUGGAGUAUCAAUAUUUGGGUUGUGCACCAAGAGAUACUUGAGUAAGGCUUUACAAAUAUUGAAGGAGAUAGAAUAUGGAGGAAGUGAUCUAGACAUCUUUGCAUAUUCAUCUAUGAUUAGUAGUUUAUACAAAAAGGAGAGAUUAGAUGAUGCAGCCAGUGUAGUGAGAGAGAUGGAUAAACAUGGUUGUAAAUUGGAUUCUCGUGUUUGCAAUGCACUUUUUGAUGGGUUUCUCCAAGCUUACAGAUUUGAGGGUGCAGUUAAACUUUUCAAAGAAAUAAGCAUCAAAGGAAAAGCUGGAAGAAGGGUGGAAACAUGA